AUGUCGGCUUUAGCAUCAGCAACAAUUAAACCUAAAAAACAAUCAUUUCAUGCAACAAAUGUGUGGAAUGAACUUGUUGAAGGUUUUCGUUCAAAAAUUGAAUUAAGAAAGUAUCGUCGAAAUUAUUUUACACAAACAUAUGAACAAUGUUUCUCAUCAUUAGAUGCAAUUAAUUGUAUGAUAAAUGUUCUUAAAUCGCAUCCGAAUUUUGAAACAAAGCAAAUUGAAAAACAUCAUGCAAUUCGUUUAUUAGAAAAAUUUUAUGAAUCAAAAGUAUUUACAGAUGUGAUUAAAACUGAACGAAAAAAAACAUUUGUUGCUGAUCAUGGAAUCUAUCAACUUUUAUCAAAAUUGGAUGAAAAUGUUUUUCAAUCGAUGAUAAAUACAAAUAAAACAACUGAUCAUCAUAUUCAUCCACCACAAGAAUCAUCAACAUCUGCGAUGAGUGAUAGUUGGAAACAAUAUUUUGUUGAACGGCUGGAAAAAUAUUUAUUAAAAACACGCAAUCGUCAUGGUGGUUAUCUUCUUCAUCAAAUUGAACAAGAAAUGAAAUUAAUUGAUGGUUCUCAAAUCUUAUCUAAUUUACAUAAUAAUAUAUCAAUUGAUCCAUUGACUAUUGCAGAUCCUAAUAGUCUCGAUGGUCGCAAUUUACCUGAUUAUCCGUCAUUUAUUUUUGAUUUAUUUGAUAUGGUUAUUGAUGCAUUUGAUAUGCAACGGCAAUAUUUAUCACCAUCAAUGGCUAUUUUUAAUUUAAUAAUUCAGCUUAUUGCUAAUAAAGGCAAUCCAUUAUCAAUGGAAUCUUUAUAUGAUCGUGAUGAUGGUCGAUCCGUAUAUUGUUUUCCAAGUGAAAUAUAUGCAAGUCGAUCAACAAAUAAUCCUUAUUCAAGUUUAAAAAAUCGUGUAUCUCAUUCAAAACAAUCAUCACGUGUAUAUCGUGUUGAUUCAUAUGAAUAUAAAAAAGUAUCAUGUCAUGAUGAUAAUGAUAAAUCAUAUGGUUUAACAAAUCUUCGUCGAAAAUCAUUAAGUUCAUGUGAUCUUUUUCAUGUGACAUCGAAAACAUUAACAUCGCCGUUUGAUGAAAUACAAAAUUGGCUUAAUAAUAAACAUACAACAACAAAUAAUCAAGAAAAGCUUAAUAAUGAUGAAUUAGAACUUAUUCAACUUACACUUAUUCAUUUAACAACAUCAAAUAGACAAUUUAUAUAUGUUAUUCUUUAUUUUUUAACACAAUGUAUACGAAAUAAUCAUUUUUGUUCUAAUGAUACGACUAAAUUACGAAUUUAUCGUGCUUUUGCAAAAUUAAUUACAAUUAAUCAUGAUGAAAAUAUUUGUUUAAUGAAUAUUUUUGAUUGCUUUAUUGAACAUCAUGGAAAAUUAUUUGAUAUUUCAAUGGAUACAAGAAAAAUUGUUGCAAGACGAUUAACAAAAUCAAAAAAAGAAAAUAAAUAUGUCGCUUUACCAUCGUCAAUAACAUCAAAUAAAAAAACUUGUGAUGAUCGUCAACUUCGUCCAACAUUUAAACAACUUCGAAUAUCUCGUCCAUUAACAUACAAUGAACCUCUUGAUACCGAUGUUCAUCCAAUGGUAUCAGCAACAUUUGUCCGUAAACCACUUGUAACAUCACCAUCAAAUCAAUCAAAUGACAAAACAUGUUUAACAACAACAAAUUCACCACGACGUCGUGCAAGAAGUUUUGAACCUCGUGCACAUACAACAACUUUAUUUGAUAAAACAAUUAAUCCGUUUCAUAAAUUACGUGUUAUACUUAAACGAAACGAAUAA